GGGCACUAGACCAACUAGUCACUGGAAAACAAGUUUUAAUGGCUGAGUCUGCUGGGGGUUCCAAGGCGGCUUUUCCGGAGACAGCCAGCUCAUGGCACAGCAGUCAGUUAGCAAACGGCUGCAGAAAUGCACACACCACUUCAGGAACAGAAUGCACGCAUUGAACCUCAUGCAGGACUUGCAUGUUUCAUCGUGCGAGACCCCUUCAGAGCUGGAAGAGACAGCAGAGACCACUACAGGCUCAUGAACACAGCACGGAUUGCAGUUGUGGGGGCUGGCGUGAUGGGGCUCUCUACUGCCGUGUGCAUAUCCAAGCUGGUCCCUGGGUGCUCCAUUACCAUCAUUGCAGAGAAGCGUACUCCCGACACCACCAGUGAUGUGGCAGCUGGGGUGCUUAUCCCCCACGCUUUCCCAGACACACCCAUUCCCAAACAGAAGCAGUGGUUUAAAGAGACCUUUGAUCACCUGUUUGCAAUUGCCAAUUCUGCAGAAGCUGGAGAUGCUGGUGUCCAACUGGUAUCUGGUUGGCAGAUAUUUGCAGAAGAAGUGCCAUUUUGGGCUGAUGUGGUUCUGGGAUUUCGAAAGAUGACUGAGGCAGAGCUGAAGAAGUUCCCCCAUCACGUGUUUGGUCAGGCUUUUACAACUCUGAAAUGCGAAGGCUCUGCCUACCUCCCGUGGUUAGAGAACAGGGUAAAACGAAACGGAGGCCUGAUACUCACCCGACGAGUAGAAGACCUGUGGGAGCUCCAUCCGUCCUUCGACAUUGUGGUCAACUGUUCAGGCCUUGGGAGCAGACAGCUCAUGGGAGACUCUAAGAUUUUCCCUGUAAGGGGCCAAGUGCUCAAAGUUCAGGCUCCCUGGGUGAAGCAUUUUAUCCGAGAAGGGAGUGGGCUGACAUAUAUUUACCCUGGUGCAUACGACGUCACCCUGGGUGGAACGAGGCAAAAAGGAGACUGGAAUCUGUCCCCAGAUGCAAAAAUUAGCAGAGAUAUUCUCUCCCGAUGUUGUGCUCUGGAGCCUUCCCUCCACAGGGCCUGCAGCAUAAAGGAGAAGGUGGGUUUGAGGCCCUCCAGACCUGGAGUGCGCCUGCAGAAAGAGCUUCUGGUCCAAGAUGGCCGGAGGUUGCCUGUGGUCCACCACUAUGGCCACGGGAGUGGAGGCAUCUCGGUGCACUGGGGCACUGCUCUGGAGGCCGCCAGGCUAGUGCGUGAGUGUGUCCUUGCCCUCAAGACCUCUGCCCCCAAGUCAAAGCUAUAGAUGACAUGAAAUGACACUCAGUGGCUUUGGAAAUUAUUGAUCAAAGCACAAUUUAAGCACAGAACACAUUCAAAUACAUUUUCUAUUGUGAGAAAGUUUAAACAGUUCUGUUUUCAAAAUUACAAAUAAUGCAAUAUAUAGACUCAAGAAGCCUAGAACUAACCACAUAGUGCCUAAAACUCCAUUUUUCUUGUUUUGGUGGAUAAAAUAUUUGUUAUAGAGCAAGAUUUAAAAAAAGAAAAAAAAAGUCUGAUGGCCAAGGAUCGGUGCUAAUUUCUGUGAAUGCUGGAUGCUGGAAACCAUUGGAAUUUUGAUAUUUAUUGGUUCAUAAAUUCUAGGAGGAGAUAAUGUAUGGAGGACACCUAUAUCACUGCCAAUUGUAGAACCACCCGUGACCCUCCCAGAUUACAGCCGCAUGAUCAUUAUAAACCCUCUGAAUAAAAUGACGUGGUGAUCGCACGAUGGAGACUUAACACAUUUAAUUGAAGACAAAGUAUGGUUACCACUAGUACUGGCAGCAACCUCUUCCGCCCCUCAGCCGAUGGUGAUGGUAGAAGACAGAGAUGAAGGAAGCCGCCUAUGGAUGUGGCUGUCAGCCACCUAAGGGUUGUGUACUUCAUUACCAUGAUCGAGUCCUGGCUUGCUGCGUGGUUGGCUUUGCCUAAGUGCUUUUGAAAACUGAGUCACAUGCAGCCAAAGAGCUAAUUUGCUAAUUAAGGUAGAACAAUCAUUUGAAUGAAAUACAGCCAAAGUAUUCUGCAAGUUAUUACAAAGUAUAGGGGCAGAGGUAAUGUGUCCUGUACUAAAAGUAGUUGGGGAAUUGCUGAGUUACAUAAAUUCAACCUGUUUUGUUUUGUUUUGUUUUGUUUUGUUUGACUCAGGUCUUCUCAAAGCCUUGAAUACACAAGUAUUUAAAAAAUUCAUGGAAAAAGGAAUUAAAGUAUCAA